AUGCCUCCAUAUAACUCAACAGCCUCAUCGACCGUCCAAUCCUCCCGCGCCAGCUCUAUCAACUCCGCCGUGCGCCGUACCCUCGAACGCCGCGAAUCAGCCCAACACCUCCGUCCUGAAGAUGCGUAUACCUCCCCGCCGAGGAAGGGUAGUUUGGGCAGGAGUGGGACUGUGACGGCGGGGAGUUUCGCGCAUGCGCAGUACGGGGGGUCGCAGUAUUCCAACAGCGUAGGCAAUGCCUCCUACCCGGCCAAUGCCUCCUACGCAGGCACAUCACGCCGCACCGAACGCUCCAAACGCCGCGGCCGCUCCUCCUCUCGCCGCCGCCACGGCGACAACAACGACGGUAUCCCCAAAGUCAUGCCCAAUGGCCAAUGGAAAAAACUCCUCUGGGUAAAACAAUCCUACCCAGACAACUACACCGACGAAGAAACAUUCCUAGACCACCUCCAACGCAACCCGCGCCUGCGUCCCUAUGAAUUCUGGCCCCUGGUGGCCGAUAGCACAAUUAUCGUGCAGCAUGUUUGCUCGGUGAUUGUGUUUGUGAGUUGUUUUAGUGCGAUUCAUGAGGGGCGCGUGGAGCCGAGUGUGGUGGUUGGGUGGGCGACGGGGUGUACGGUGUUGGGGUGGGUUUUUAGGGAUUAUUGGCAGACUAGGGAGGAAGAAGGGGAGGAAGAGGGGGGUGAAGAGGGCGAGGGCAGUGUGGAAGAGGAGGAUCAAGAAAGAGGAAAUGGGACGGGGUAUGGGAGUUUGGUUAGUACGAGGAGUCAUUCGAGGGAUGCUAGUGCUGGGUCGAUUGGGGUUGGACAGGGUGUGGGUAUGGGAUAUGGGCAAAGUGGUGCGAGUUCACCGCUUGGUAAUGGGAAUGGACAUGGGGAGACUAUUCCGACGAGUUCGGCUUUCAUCACACCAUAUGGAGGCUCGCCCAGUCCAUUCUCACCUCGGAUGCAGGAACGUCUGACGACGGCGAAGUCAGCGAUUCUGAUCUACUGCUCACUCCUUGGACUCUCGCCAAUCCUCAAAUCCCUCACACUCUCAACAUCAUCGGACUCAAUCUGGGCCCUAUCCUCCUGGCUCAUGGGCAUCAACGUCUUCACCUUCGACUACGGCGCCGGACCCGCCGCGAAAUUUCCCGCUUCCCUCUCCACCAACGCCGCGCUCAUGGCCUCCACCGUUCUAGCCUCCCGACUGCCCACCACGACUCACGUCUUCUCCCUUACCCUAUUCUCAAUCGAGGUCUUCGGGCUCUUCCCAGUCUUUCGACGACAUCUCCGACAUCACAGCUGGACAGGGCAUUUAUGGCUGACGGUCUUGCUGGUUGUGUUGGCUUCAGGCGGACUGAGUGUCACGAUUAGUGGUGGGGCGUGGGGCAUGGCGAUUGUGGGUGUGGUGUUGGGUGGAUUGGUUUGUUGUCUCAGUAUGGGAGUGACGAGUUGGUGGUUGAUUGGGUUGCAGAGGUAUAAGAAUGAGAUUCAUGGGCCUUGGGAUCCGGCUCGGCCGGUUAUUGGGAGGAGGUGGGAUUGA